AUGUUGCGCCUCGGUUUCGUCUUGAUUGCGGUCCAAGCUGCCCUGGGACUCGGAGUUGGGGCACAAAUAGUUGGAAACCUGACGCUUUUGUCGUAUAACGUUGCGGGACUCCCAGAACUUCUAUCCUCCGGAAACCCAGCUGUCAACACACCGUUAAUUUCCCCGCGUCUGAAGUCAUAUAACAUCAUCAACGUACAGGAAGACUUCAACUACCACGCGGCACUGUAUGCUUCUGACAACCACGCGUUCCGCACCCCGACCUCCGGAGGCGCGGGUAUUGGGUCGGGGCUGAACACCCUCUCCGACUUCCCGUACAUUGACUUCGAGCGCGUCAAGUGGUCAGACUGCAACCUUAGCGGCGGGGACUGUAUCACCCCAAAGGGAUUCACAUUUGCGCGUGUACGUGUAGCGGACGGCGCGUGGAUUGACGUGUACAACAUGCACACCGACGCGGGGUCCGAGAGCGGUGACAUUGCAGCGCGCGCGAAGAACUUUGCGCAGGUAACAGCGUAUAUUGCGACAUGGUCGGCGGGCAUGCCUGUGGUCGUCAUGGGUGACACGAACGCGCGGUAUACGCGCCCGGGCGACGGCGAGACGCUCCGCUCCUUUUUGGCCAGCACCGGUGCGGUAGAUCUCUGGGUCUCGAAGGUCCGCGGCGGAAACCCACCUGCUGUUGGAACAGACGCGCUAGUAUGUCCAUUCCCGUUUGCGGUGGGCACGAAGCAGGAGGUUUUGGACGCGUGCGAGACGGUGGAUAAGAUUUUUGUGAGGCCGAGUGCAGCACUGACUUUCCCGGCGGCGACGUUUGCAAAUGCGCACGACGUCUUUGUCGAUGGAAAGGGUGCGCCGUUGAGCGACCAUUAUCCCAUGUCGGGCACAGUAGCAUGGAAGCUCUCGUCUUCUAUCCGUCUGGGCGAUACGAUUGGUGGUCCACACGGCACGGCGUUCAACGAUAUCCCAUCGCUACUGAGCGGCGCCAUCCCUAAGCUCACGUCCAUCACUAUCCGUGGGGCGAACAGAGUCGACGGGCUCGCUUACAGCGUGAAGUAUCCCUCUGGAUCUAGCUCAACCGCGUCGCAUGGUGGUACUGGUGGCACUGCCAACACUCUGUCGCUCCCCUCAGGGGAGCGAGUAGUGAAAGUGAAAGCAUGCAGCGGAAAGUAUAAUAACACCACCAGGAUUUUCUACCUCGAGUUGACGACGAACACGGGCCGGACGAUCUCAGCGGGCAAGACGACGAGUGAUUGUUUGACGACGACUGUGCCGGUCGAUGCAGGAUCGCCAGGGUCUUGGGGGCUCGUUGCGUUCUGGGGUAGAGAUGGAAAUGAGGUGGACCGGAUCGCGCCUAUCUGGGGAGCCGCAUACUGA